UAAUGGGUAACAACAAGUCAGUACCGGAUCUCGUGAUAGACGGUGAUGUCAUCAACGCUAUGUGCAGCGAUAAUCCGGACGUGAAAUGCAUUUUGAUUGAACCAGAAGAUGUCAUCGAGAUUCAAAUAAAGUCAACAGUGAAGGGAGACGAUCUAAAUAACGUCUGUAAAAUAAUCCGCAUAACCCUAAACCUGCGGAGGCUCAUCAUGCCAAAAAUUUUACUUAUUGCGCAAUCGCUCAACAAAGUUCUGGAUGCUAUUCUCGAACGCCGUUGGUACGCUACCCCGAUUCGUUAUAUCGAUUUGAGUGCCAGUAUUGAUGUAGAUGCAGCAGCAGCCCGAAAAUUACGUCGCAUUCUGGAAAAUCCUGGCGUCAGAAAUCUCGUUCUGAAAGACUGCGAUAUGAAUGCUGAAGCUUUAUCAGAAAUAUUUGAAGGAUAUCGUACAGGCGGUAUUGGACGGGAAUUGGACGUGAGCGGUUAUGAAUUAUCUCCGAAAAUUGUUCUUUACAAUCAGGAUGUUCUAUUCUGCGGCCAAGUGAAAUGGACGAGAUGGAUGGGGAAAGGCACCGGCAGCGGCGAAGCUUUAGAACUCAACAACUUUCCUCCAGCCUACGAAAACUAAGACACCAAUUGGUCAUAAAAGAGAAAAAAAAGUGUAUAUAAAUAAUAAACUGACUGAACCAGUGGUUCUUGAACUUUUUGAGCCGCACCCCCUUUGUCAAUUCUUGCGCCCCACGUUAAAAAUAACUAGCUAAAAAUAAGUUACAAAUAACAGAUAGUAGGGCAAAAGUAUGUUUAUUUAAAAAACACGUUUGAAAUGCGUGGAUGAAAUGUAAAUAAUGACAUAAAUGAAAAGUUUUAGAACCAAGCAAAAUUCUAAAAUAAGGUGGGCAGUUUUACGCCCCCUCAAAAAUUGUCUUUGCGGGGUGCUCCCCACUCUUUGAGAACCACUGGCCUAAAAUCUAAAUAUACUGAAACUGGGUCUG